AUGGUAGGAGAAAAAGCUACAGAAAAGUUCAAAGAUUGGUAUAAGGCACAUCAAGAUGAUGUGUUUGAUUUCCAAAAAGAACUUAGAGAAUACUGUGACUCUGAUGUAGAUAUUUUGCGACGGGCUUGUAUCGCAUUGAGGGAACAGUUCUUAGAAAUAGCUAAUGUAGACCCAUUUAGAUAUAUGACCCUCCCAAGCGUUUGUAUGAGUAUAUUCAGAUCCAAAUACUUGAAACCAAACACUUUAGCAGUGUUCGAAGAUGAUACUUGCGAACAAUAUUCGAAAUCAUCAAUUACUUGGUUAAAAUCUUUCGAAAAUACUAAUAUCAGAUGUGCUACUCAAGGUGGUGAAGCUAAGAUAUGUGGUGCUAAAGUUGAUGGUUAUGAUAAAACUACCAAGACUGUAUACCAAUAUCAUGGAUGUUUCUGGCACGGAUGCCCUAAAUGCUACACACCUAAUAAAGUAAAUACUAAAAAUAAACAACGCAUGUCUGACUUGUAUAAAAAAACUCUUAAAAGGUCUGAAAAUAUAAAAAAAGCUGGUUAUAAUUUAGUUGAAAUUUGGGAAUGUGAUUGGCUCAAUUCCCCCUUGUAUAAAACCUAUAAAAAUAUUGAAGUAAUUGAGCCAAUAAAAAGUAGAGAUGCCUAUUACGGUGGUAGAGUUGAGGCUUUCAAGCUCAAAGCAACCUCAACUGAAAACACCCAAAUCAACUAUAUUGAUGUCUGUUCUUUAUAUCCUACUGUAAUGUUUUAUGAUAAUUACCCAAUUGGACACCCUGUAAAAUAUUUCAAUCCCCCUCAAUACAAUCCCAAGUGGUUUGGUGUAAUCAAAUGUAAAAUACUGCCUCCUAACAAUCUCCACAUUCCUGUCUUACCAACAAAGGUUAAGAUGGAAAAAUCUGAGAAACUUGUAUUCCCUCUAUGUAAAAAAUGUGCUGAAAAUCAGCAACGUAAUUGUAACCAUAAUGAGUCAGAGAGAGCACUCACAGGUACAUGGAGUACUGUUGAAGUUGCCAAAGCUCUCGAAAAAGGUUAUAAAAUGUUGAAUAUCUAUGAAGUAUGGCAUUUCGAGGCUAGUAAUAAUAUUUUUAAGGAUUAUAUUAGAGAUUUUAUGAAAAUUAAGUUAGAAAGUAGUGCUCAUUCAUACCCCUCAGAUGAGGAAUAUGUUAAAGAUAUUUUAGAUAGGCAAGGUAUUGCAUUAGAUUUAGAAAAUAUAAAAACUAACCCUGUGAAGAGAAACCUGUCCAAACUAUGCAUGAAUUCCUUAUACGGAAAGUUUGGACAGAGAAAUAACAUUUCUCAAACAGAAUUCAUUACUGAACCAUCUAGAUUUUAUGAGAUUUUACUUGAUGAGUCUAUAGAAAUAAAUAACACCUUCUUCAUAAGUGAAGAGCUCAUUCAAGUAAACUUCACUUAUAAAAAUAAUUUCGUGGAGAAUAGUUUUAACACCAACGUAAUGAUAGCCCUCUACACAACUGCUAAUGCUCGUUUACGUUUAUUCGAGGUGCUAGAUGAACUAGGUAUGAAAGUCAUUUAUUGUGAUACAGACUCUGUGGUAUACAUUUGUACUGGUAAUAAUAAGAUUAAGACUGGUGAUUUAUUAGGCGAAUGGACAGAUGAACUCAAAGGUGCCUAUAUUAAGAAAUUUGUAACAAUUGGUCCCAAGACUUAUUAUUUCAUCACCAAUGAAGGUAAAGAAUGCACCAAAGCUAAAGGUUUCAGACUUCAUAAUAAAAAUGCUAAACUGAUAAACGGUCAGGUAUUUGAACAGAUGAUAGAUAAAGAAGUCAUAGAAGUUAAGACUGAAAACACUAAAAUAUGUCGUGAUAGGCUCACAAAACAGCUUAUUAACGAGCCUGAUACAAAAAGGCUGUUCUUUAAUUUUGACAAACGUAUCAUUUGUGAUGAUUACAAUACUAAACCAUAUGGUUUCAUUUAA